AAAUACUAGAUCGUGACAUAGACCGCCGCAGUAAGAAUUACGUAGAAUUAAAUCGGACACCUGAAUUCCUCCUGAAGCGUGGUGUAUUAGGCAUAAGCGUUCACUUGACUCGCAGCGUCCUCAACUGCUGAACCACAUCAUCCAUGGUCUCCACCCGCCCAACCCACUCGCCAAUCCACCCAUCCCCGCGCCUUCGUAGCAUCUCCUCCAUGCGCAGCUCAGUGAGAUCAGUUCCCGAAACCGGCACCCCAAAUCCGGAACGUGCUAACCCUCAUCCUCGGCUUCAGUCUGUUCACCGCUUAGCGAGGCCCUUAUUCUGCGUUGGUAAGCUUCGGCCCCAGUUUCACGGAUGUGCACAUCGGAGGGAAUUUCCUCCGGCCUUCCCACCCACACCCAUCCAUGCGAAAUUGAUCCGGCAGAUGAAUCUGCUGCCCGCCGUCUCUUUCCAUCAUGAACGACGUCCGAGAGAAUCGUCCUCGUCGACAGCCUGCGUACGCGCCGGUCGCUCUCGACAGCAGGGAAAACGAGCUCGGGAGGUACAUGGGCACCCAGCGUGCGCACCAGCUUGGCCAUCUUCCUCCGCUUCAAAGCGUCCUCCUCCUUCCGCGUGCGCACGAUUGGCCGCAGCUUCAGCGCGACGGUCAGUGUCGGCGACGGUGAGCGAACGACGGCGCUGAUCGGCUCCGGUGCGGGAUCUGGUGUGUCGCAUGGCUCUGGGAGUCGGAUAUAGAGCACCGGUCGAGCGUGUGCGGAGACUUCCGUGGAGGUCGGCAGAGGAGGUUCAUCCCAUUCAACUGGUGGAGCUGCUCUCCGGCGUAUCCGGCGCUGAUUCAUAGGGCGCGGCGCUUCAAAAUCGGGUCCAAUGACAUCCACAAGAUGGGGCGUGUGCCCAAAGAGGCUGUCGAUCUUGCGCGUGGAGCGCAAAAGACGAAGUCGUUCCUCGUGCUUGAGAUUCUGAGUGGUCAGAGGUGUGCGCAUCGUUCUCGGGGGGAAAUACGCAAGAGACGUCAUCCGUG